UCCAGCAGCUGCUGGACAUUUUUCUGAUGUUUAAGUCUUUAUUAUUUUCUUUGUGAAGAAUGAAGAGCAAAAAGGACGACGAUUGUUAUUCUACAGUGAAAAUCAAAAAUGAAAAACCUUCUCCAGAAAGUCGAGCAGAAGAGGAAGCAUCAGCACUCUGUCACUGCUCUCUGAUGCUGCUGUGUUUUCUGGUUUUUUCUGCGCUGAUGGCUGCAAGAAUUGUCAUCACCAUGCAGAUUAAUGUGAUGAUGAUCAAGCAGCAGGAAACUAUCAGUAAUGUUACCACAGAAAAUGAGCGACUGAUUGAGGAAAGAAAAAUGAUGGAGAACCAGAACAAAGAGAUGAACAGAACACUGGGACUCCUCCUGAAAUUUGAAAACAUUCCAGCAAAAGACCUCUGCCCUAACAAAGAGUGUAAACCGUGCCAGAAAGAUUGGAUUCUCUUCCAGGAAAAAUGCUACCUGUUUUACGAUUCACAUCCUUGGCUGACCUGGACAGAAAGUCGGAAGUUCUGUCGGGACAAAUAUGCAGAUUUGGUUGUUAUUGAUGAUCUGAAGGAGCAGGAAUUUGUCAGCAAUCACACUAAAUACUACUAUGACAAAGACCACGGAUACUGGAUGGGGUUACAACAUGUUAACAACACCUGGACCUGGGUGGAUGGACAUGCAGACACUCUUGGGUUCUGGGUGAAGGAGCAUCUCCGUACUUCAGGUCCAAAAGCGCUGCUGGUCCUGGAGAGAAAACUCACAGAAAGCUGGGGCAAAGCAAAUGAUGGUUUUGCAAACAAAUUCAUCUGUGAGGGUGGAGCUCUUUUCGGCUUCAAGUAGCAGGAUUCCUGCAGGAAUGAUAAAGCGUGUUAUAAUUUUUUGGUAAAUUUCAGAACUGAUCAUGGAA